GAAGACGAGGAAAGCGAACAAGAAAGAAGGUGAGUGGGACAGACUCGGAAAAUUAAGUGAUUUUAUUUGUGUUCGACAUGACGUAGUAGUGAAAUCAAUGCAAAAUUCCUCAGAGCAUCAGAAGAUCGCAAGAUGCGCCCCGCCCUCACUCCCCUCUGGCCUGGUCAUUAUGCAUAAAAACUUGGUAAUGUCGGGGACGCCGCCUGCGGCAGGAGGCGGCGGUGGCGGGGCCGCCGCCGUGGCCGCCGCCGCCGCCGAUCAUUUCUGUUUGCGUUGGAACAACUACCAGACGAACAUGACGGCGGUGUUCGACCAGUUACUGCAGGAGGAGGUGUUCGUGGACGUGACGCUGUCAUGCGAAGGGGGACAGCAGCUGCGGGCUCACAAGGUGGUGCUGGCGGCGUGUUCUCCGUACUUCCAGGCAGUCCUGCAGAACAACCCAUGUAAACACCCCAUCGUCAUCCUGCCGCGGGACGUGGCCUUCGCUGAUUUGCGUGCCAUCAUCGAGUUCGUCUACCGCGGGGAGAUCGACGUGGCUCAGGAACAGAUCAACUCCCUCCUAGCGGCCGCCGACACACUCAAGAUCAAGGGUCUGUGUGAGGUGGGCGACGACCCCACACACGUACCUCCUGGCUUUACCGCCACGCCCUCCACUGCCGCUUCACGCCAUGCUUCUACCUCCCAAACGCCCACGCGAGGCCGCCUACCAUACACUCGCGGCCGCUACAACACAUCUUAUCGACCUCGUGGCCGCCCACCCCUGUAUGGCAGACAUCGGUAUGAACGGCCAUCCACCGCCACACCCGCCUCCCGCCGUGGAGAUCACGACCAUCCCAGUUCCAGCAAACGCAUCAAGUUAGAGAGCGGGGAGGAGGACACCCACGGUACUGGUAAUGAGGAUGGGGAGGCCUCAGCGGCGCAGCAACGACCGUCGCACCCACACUACGUCCACAACGGCGGGGCGCCGCCCGCACCCUCAGCCAGCCACGCGCCGCCCGCCGCCCACGCCCACCACGCCCCUCCUCCACAGGCUGUCCACCCCUCUCAGGCGCACCCCCCUGCAGCGCACGCCCCGCCCCCCCUGCCGGAGCUGGGCCCGUCGGUCGGCCUCCCACAACCAGAGACGGCCUUGCCCCCACACGUCAUACCUGGCUUGUCUCCGUCAGACGACGGCGCGGGCACGUCCCACGCCGCUGACUAUAACACAGGGUACGGUACCUACACCAAGAAUGAGGGGGACCAACAGCACCUUCCUUCCGAUGGCACCGACUCCAGCGGGCAGCGCAUGACCGUGACGCCGGAGCUCCUUGGCCUCAUGCCCUCCAACGCCACCUCACACUACUCCUCCGAUACAGAGAGUUUGUCGGGGACGCCGGGGGGCCGCAAGCUGUGGACGGAUGAGGACAUGGAAAAGGCACUGGAUGCGUUGCGCAACACUGUCAUGUCUCUGAGUAAGGCAGCCCAUGUGUACGGCAUCCCGGCCACUACGUUAUGGCAGCGCGCGCACCGCAUGGGUAUCGAGACGCCCAAGAAGGAGGGGCCCAACAAGACGUGGAGUGAACACGACCUGGCUGGCGCCCUGGAGGAACUCCGCAGCGGUAGAAUGUCUGCAAACAGAGCGUCCAAGGAGUUUGGCAUCCCAAACUCAACACUGUACAAGAUCGCCCGUAAGGAGGGCAUCAAAUUGUCGUCGCCGUUCUCAGCCAUCCAGCCCUCAUGGAACCCCGAUGACUUGACCAAAGCCCUGGACGCCAUCCGUGGGGGGAUGAGCGUCCAGAAAGCUGCUCAGGAAUAUGGCAUCCCCACAGGCACUCUCUACGGACGGUGUCGCCGCGAGGGGAUAGAGCUCAGCAAGUACCAGGGCGUACCGUGGUCGGAAGAAGACAUGAAGGACGCCUUAGAAGCUGUACGGGUAGGUGAGAUGUCCAUCAAUCAGGCUGCUAUACACUUUAAUCUGCCUUACUCCUCUUUGUAUGGGCGUUUCAAACGAGGGAAAUACGAAGACGGCCUUCCACAUCAGGAUUUCUUACAUCAGGAAAUGACAGUUGAGCAUUAUCCUGCAGAUCCACAACACACGCCUCAGAAUCAACAACAGCCGCUGCAGCAACCACAACAACAGGCGCAACACACACCGCCACCGCCACAACAGCAGGCUCAACAACAGCAGCAGCAGCAGCUCACCCCAGGACCUCCUUCGGAGCAAUAUUGACUAGAUGAAGGGAACACUGGCCGCCACAGCGCCGACGUAGCACCAGACCCACACCGGUCUGAGUGCCCGUCGGAGGAAGAACAGACACAACCACAGCAGACGCCGCAGUCUCAGCACGAACUACAACAGCAGCAUCCACAGCAGCAACAGACAGACGUACAGAGCCAGGGACCACAGCAGGAAGCUCCUCCUGCUAUGGGCCCGGGUUCUGACUAUGGGGAAAGUGGUGGUCCUCCCACGCCCGUGGUCUUCACGGGAGGGGAGGCACCAAUAUAUUCUGCCGCAGCAGCAACUGAACCUCACCAUCCUGCUCUCUAUUCGCCGCCUGCGACGCUACCCCAGGACCCUCUGUAUCCCCCCGCUGCUUCAUUGGCCCAGCCGCCGCCGCACCCACAGGUGUACCCGCACUACUACCCACUGCCGGAGUACCCUGGCCUGCGGCCCGAGUACCGUGCCUACCAGCCGUACCCGCCGCGGCCUGACGACCCGACUCGGCCUGUGCAAUAUCCGCACUACCCGCCCUACCACUUCUGACGCUGUGGCCGCCAGUGUUCCCGCAGUUCCGCAGCCCCCUCUCGCUCAAGCAGAUCAGGGCAGCACUGCGCUUGAGCACUAUUCGCAUCUGGGGUGCACCGCUGACCCCACCCACAUUUGGGGUCACGCCUGCACCUCCCGCAGUAAGCUGUUAGCUAACAAGUUGUCGUCUUUGCUUUAGGACCAACAACUUGGUGCAGAAGAUCAUCAAAGAUGUGAAAAAUGGAACUUAGUAUUGCUCCCGAGUAGGUAACAUAGAGAUGAAUGUCCAUCAUUUUAAUUGUAUUUUAUUAUAUAUUGUAUUUAACAUUU